UCCGACCUGAGCCUCCAAGCUCCAUGCUCAGGCCCAUGGCCACAGCCUUCUUGCUCCUCAUGGGGUUCCUGCUCCCUUACCAGGGCGAGUUCUGGCCCUUUAACAAGAAGAAGUUCAUGAAGAUGAAUGGGGCUGAGUGCUCCCACCACUCUGAGUGUGUCAGUGACUGCUGCCUGAUGGACCUGAACAACAGGGGUGCUCUCUGUGCCCCCAAGGCCAGGGUAGCCAGGCUGUGCUUGCCCCAGACCAAGGGAAGCAUCAACAUCCUAUGCCCCUGCCAGUGGGGCUUGAAGUGCAUCUCCAAGGACCCGACCUGUUCCCGCCGGUGCCAUUUGAUUUAGAAAAAGAUGCAGGCUGGUCACGGCCACCCCUCCCUCCUUCCCUGGGGGCCACGGGCCUGGAGAGUCCCCAUCUUGCUCAAAGUCCAGCUCCUGAGACA